GUGCUGUGCGAGCGAGCCUUCUCAUCAAGUGGGGAAACGUGCGCCCUUCGGCAUAGCCGAAUCCUCCCAGAUCUUCUCGGCAAGUUACAGGUGUUCAAAUACAUUUACAAAGGAGAGCGGCUGGAUUUCGCGGCGGAUUGGAUUGCGACAGAAGCUGACUAUGGUAUUGAGGGAGACGUGACACAAUCAGCUGUAGAAGAGCUAUUGUCAUCUGGUAAAAUAGAAGAACUAGCUGAACUCUUGAGUAACAUUACAUGUCCAUAG